ACAAGCCAUAAACCCUUCUUCUCCCCUACUUCCUUCUUCGUGCGUCGCCUCCUUCGCCCCUCACAGACUCGAAACGCCAUCAAAACGACGCCGUACCCCCAUCCGCCACCUUCGAACCCUAGUUUCUUUUUCUCCUUCGAGAGAGUACCGAAGAUGGUGGCUAAACCGGGUUCGGUUCCGGACUUCGAGGCGCUGCGGGAGCUCUUCAAGCAUCACAUAGAGUCCUUCGAUUACAUGGUCGAUGCUGGAUUAGAUACCAUGCUCGGACACAUCAAACCCGUCGAAAUUUUCGAUGAUUUCACUUCCACAAAGCUUAGAAUUUGGUUGGAUAAUCCAGUGCUGUAUCCGCCGCAGAAGGAGCGGAUUUCGAGGACAAUGCGGGAGGCUUUACUUCCGUUUGAAUGUAGACAGGCAAAGAUUUCAUAUUCAGGGAAGAUUACUAUAGAUGUUUGCUUUCAAUAUAAUGAUGGGCCUAUUAUCAGAGAAAAUGUAAAUUUUGGGCAGUUUCCCAUAAUGCUGCAGUCAAAGUUAUGCAACUUGAGAGGUGCUGAUCCCCAGAAACUUGUGUCCUACAAGGAAGAAGCAUCGGAGAUGGGUGGUUACUUCAUCUUGAAUGGCCUUGAGAGAGUUAUCCGACUGUUAAUUUUGCCAAAACGGAAUUAUCCUAUGAGUAUGGUGCGGAAUUCAUUUAGUGACAGGCGUGAAGGAUAUACAGAUAAAGCAGUUGUAAUAAGGUGUGUAAGAGCUGAUCAGUCCUCAUUAUCAGUAAGAUUGUAUUACCUUCGUAAUGGGAGUGCAAGACUUGGUUUCUGGUUAAGAGGAAGGGAGUACUUGCUUCCUGUGGGCAUUAUUUUGAAGGCUCUCAUUGACACAACUGACCGUGAAAUUUAUGUAAAUUUGAUAAGCUGCUAUAAUGAGAAGUAUGAAAAGGGAAAGGGUGCUGUUGGGACCCAGCUUGUUGGUGAAAGGGCAAAAAUAAUCUUAGAUGAACUUCGAGAUUUGUCUCUUUUCACUCGUCUUCAAUGUCUAGAAUAUAUUGGAGAGCACUUCCAACCUGUUAUGAAUGAACUUAAGAAUGACAGUUAUCCUAUUGUGGCUGAUGCUGUUUUGAAGGACUGCAUAUUAGUUCAUCUGGAUAACAAUUUUGACAAAUUCAAUCUUCUCAUGUUAGGCACUUGCUCUUGUUUUUUAUGCGAUGAUUUUGUAACUAGUAACCUUAAAUUGUUUCUUAUGGACAAGAAAUAUUUUUGCUGGAGGAUUUAUGUAUUGUUUUCUCACAUUUUGGGUUUUGGUUGGCUCCUACUUUCUUCCCUCUUUAGCUUCAUGUUGCAGAAACUUUUCUCACUUAUAGAUCAGACAUCGGUGCCGGACAACCCUGAUUCCUUGCAAAAUCAUGAGGUUUUACUCCCUGGACACCUGAUUACACUUUAUCUCAAGGAAAAACUGGAAGAUUGGCUGCAAAAGGGAAGAAGGCUUCUUCUGGAUGAGAUUGAUAAAAAAAGCAAGAAAUUUGAUUUCAGUGACAUUGUUCAAGUUAAGAAAGUCAUGGAUAAAAAUUCACCAAAGCAAGUCAGUACAGCAGUUGAAAACAUGUUGAAAACUGGAAGAUUGGUUACACAAACGGGUCUAGAUCUGCAGCAGAGGGCAGGUUAUACAGUUCAGGCUGAAAGGCUAAAUUUUUUACGUUUUCUAUCACAUUUCCGUGCUGUUCAUCGAGGGGCCUCAUUUGCUGGACUUCGUACCACAACUGUGCGGAAGCUGUUACCUGAAUCUUGGGGUUUUCUCUGCCCUGUGCACACACCUGAUGGAGAGCCCUGUGGAUUGUUGAAUCAUAUGACUUGCACUAGUAGGAUAACGUCAUUCUUUGAUUCUCAAGGAAACAUUAAAGAUUAUUUUAAAAUAAAAAUGUCCAUCCUAAAUGUUUUAUUGGAGGUUGGGAUGACACCAUCAUUGCCAAAGAUAUUUCUUCCUGGUCCACCUGAAGCUCUUACUGUUCUCUUAGAUGGUUGUGUUGUUGGUUGUAUAGCUUCCAGUGAAGUGGAGAAAGUUGUGGCUCACAUACGAGAAUUAAAAGUGUCAUCUGUCGCAGUGAUUCCUGAUGAUAUGGAAGUAGGAUAUGUUCCUUUGAGCAUGGGUGGUGCCUAUCCUGGUCUCUACCUGUGCACAUCCCCUUCUAGAUUUGUUCGGCCAGUUAGAAAUAUAUCAAUUGCUUCCAAUGGAAGUGAAAACAUAGAACUCAUUGGGCCAUUUGAGCAGGUUUUUAUGGAAAUUAGAUGUCCUGAUGGUGGGGAUGGUGGAAGAAAAAGUUCAUUUCCUGCAACUCACGAAGAAAUUCAUCCAACAGUAAUGCUUAGUGUAGUUGCUAAUCUCACACCAUGGUCAGAUCAUAAUCAGAGUCCACGAAAUAUGUACCAGUGUCAGAUGGCAAAGCAAACAAUGGCAUUUUCUUCACAAACUAUUCAACAUCGUGCAGAUCAAAAGUUAUAUCAUCUUCAGACUCCUCAGACUCCCAUUGUACGCACAAGUACAUAUACUAAAUACAACAUUGAUGAAUUUCCAACAGGCACAAAUGCUAUAGUUGCAGUUCUGGCAUAUACGGGAUAUGAUAUGGAGGAUGCUAUGAUUCUAAAUAAGUCAUCAGUGGAGCGUGGAAUGUUUCAUGGACAAAUAUAUCAGACAGAAACUAUUGACUUAACUGAACAAGGGGGAAGGUCAGACCGAUCUUCAAGAAUGUUCAGAAAAAGUAAUAUAGAGAAAUCAGCUUGUCCAUCCAUUGAUUCAGAUGGACUUCCACAUGUUGGUCAGAUGAUACGGCCAGAUGAACCCUAUUGUAGCAUUUAUAAUGAAGUAACAAGUUCCAUACACACCUUAAAAAGAAAGGGUUCUGAAGCUGUUUAUGUUGACUAUGUUGCUGCUGAUGUAAAAAACAAGAAGCACCUUCAGAAGGUUAACAUACGUUUUCGACAUCCCCGGAACCCUGUUAUUGGUGAUAAAUUUAGCAGCAGACAUGGGCAGAAAGGUGUUUGCUCUCAGCUGUGGCCAGAUGUUGAUAUGCCAUUUUCUGGAACUACUGGGAUGCGCCCAGAUCUCAUUAUCAAUCCUCAUGCAUUUCCUUCCAGGAUGACAAUUGCUAUGCUUUUGGAAUCUGUUGCUGCUAAGGGAGGUAGCUUACGUGGAGAAUUUGUAGAUGCAACUCCAUUUCGAAGUUCAGUUACGAAAGACAGUGGGGAGUCUGAUUCAAAAUCAGGUUCACUUGUCGAUGAUCUUGGCCUUCUGCUAAGAGAAAAGGGAUUUAAUUAUCAUGGUUUGGAGGUUCUAUACAGUGGUGUUUAUGGAACAGAACUAACAUGUGAGAUAUUUAUUGGACCUGUUUAUUAUCAGCGGCUGCGUCACAUGGUUUCAGACAAAUUUCAGGUUCGAUCUACUGGCACAAUUGACCAGGUCACCCGGCAGCCGAUAAAAGGACGAAAGCGUGGUGGGGGAAUUCGAUUUGGAGAAAUGGAACGCGACUCUCUGCUUGCACAUGGAGCUGCAUAUCUUCUGCAUGAUAGGUUGCACACGUGUUCUGAUUAUCACAUUGCCGAUGUUUGUUCACUUUGUGGAAGCAUGCUUGCAACAACAUUCAUCCAACCUCAAAAGCGGCCAGUUCGGGAGAUUGGUGGGCUACCCCCUGGAAGAGCUCCGAAAAAGGUUACUUGUCAUGCUUGCCAAACGAGUAAGGGCAUGGAGACAGUCGCCAUGCCCUAUGUAUUUAGAUAUUUGGCUGCUGAGUUAGCAGCAAUGAAUAUAAAAAUGACUCUUAAGCUCAGUGAUGGAGCCGGAGUUGGAGCGUGAUAUGUUUUUUGACUUUUGAGUAUAGUCUCAGUUGCUAAGAUGGCAUAUACUUAAUUUUAUUGGAUGUGUUAAGUUUGUGAUUUGCAUCAACAUGAAUGACUAAUAGUAAUGGAGCUCAGAUGCUUGCUCACAUCAUGGGGAGUUAAAAAUUUUCCAGGCCAUGCAUUCUUAUUGGUGACACCACAGACUGUAAUCUGAAUUGCUGGCUGCUUUUAACAGAUCCAGAUAGUUGUGCAAGGAUUUAAGUUCUUCAUGUUGUCAAUUGUCAUGUGGAAAUUGUUUAAUGGUUUCAGAUGGUGGGAGGAGAUAGGUUGAUUUUAUAAUAUUGUAAAUUGUAUCAUAGCCUUGAGUUGUGCUGAAGGCACCCUUAUUUAUUGUUUGAGGACAGAUACAGUUGUCUAUUAUUUUGCAUAUUAAAUUAUGUUAUAUCCUCCUUUAGUAAAAGUUAA